AUGGACAAAUGGUCACUUGCUGGUUUUAUCACGACGAUUCCAAAGGGCCUUCUUUUAAAAUCUGAAACCACAAAAUUAUUGAAAAUAAAUGACAUAACAAAACCGGUGCUUGAUGCGAUUCAAAACGGUCCCUUCUGGGCAAAAUACCUCUUCAAAGAUGAGGAAUUGUCCUAUUAUUUACUAGAGCAUUUCAAUAAGAAUUACUAUGUCCAGUGGGAUGUUAAUAUUGAAGAUAUUAAAGUGUUAGAUAAUAUUCAAACAUCGCUUCCAGUUGGCAGUAGAGAAGACAAUGAGAAGGAAUUGACCGACAUUAUUGAUGUUAAAGCGUUAUUUGCCUCAUGUAAAGAAAAAACGAAAGAAUUAUCACCAGAUGCAGAAACAUUUAAAUUACAAAUGAUGCCUCCUGAUAUCGGAACCUCUUCAACAAACUCGAACAAUCAAAUACCUGAUCCGAGAAGCUAUUUAGAGAAUAAAUACUAUGAAGGUUUGUUUCUAAUUCACAUACCAUUGGCAUAUUUUGUUAAGUCAAAUUUAGUUCGUUUUAAGAAUAUGUGCAAGGCAGCAUUUAAGGACGAUUACCAAAAGGAAUAUAGAAAAAUUCUAUCCGACAUGACUUUGGAAGUAACAAAUUUCGAUAAGCAUCAUGAUGGUACCACUUUCUUAAUAAAUGAUAAUAUAUCUACGGAAAAGCAAUUUUUUCUCCAACACAGAGAUGCAUGUCUUAGAAAAUAUAGCAUAAACAAGAGCAUAGAAGCACAGAAGGAAUUUUUAACAGAUUUGGCCUUCAUAUUAAAAUUGAGGGAAAUCAAGUUGCAAAUCAUUUUUCUUUUAGAACUGAUUUAUUUGAAUAAGCUUGAUAACAAUUUUAAAAACUUUGAAAAGAAAUACAAGGCAAAACUAAAAAAAAGAUCUUUAAAUAUUGCAAGGAAAUCAAUUAUACGAUCAAAACGUCAAGAAAACAAAAAAAUCCAGCAUACAAAACCUAACUCCUUUAACUAUUUGGAAUGUUUAGAUUUGUAUUUGGAUAAACUAAAUAUAUUAGAAGUCAUCCUUGAAACCGAAGCGAGCGAACCAGAAUCCGAUGAACUUCCGCCAAUUAAAGAGCAGAAAAAAUCUAUCCUAGAUAAAAAUAAGGAAUCAUCCUCCAUUGGAUUUACAAAUUAUGUGUUGAUCCCUUAUUUUUCCAAGAAAGCACCAAAUGCUGUAGAAUUCAUAGCAUCUAAACUAAGAGGACCAAGCUUAAGAAGUAAGAAACCUACCUUUACGAAAGCUGUCAAAGACUAUAUUGUGGACCCAUAUGAUAUUCCAACCGGAUCGCAGACACAAGUAGCUUCGAGAAGAAGUUCUCUAACAUCAUCGAUAGAUAAUUCAGUGCCAUCUUCCCCACAGAUGAGAAUCCCGAGACCAGCCUUUGUAAGACAAUCCACACUUGGAUCUCACCUUCCCGAUUUACUAAAUUCACGAACAGAUUCCAAUUUAAGUGAAUUCUUGGCUUCCGAUUCCCAAACAAUAAGGAAACCAUCUUUAUUAUCUCGAACAAAAUCCGAUAUUCUAAUGAAUAAUUUACAAAAACGACAGUUAUCAGUCAAAGAACUUGAAUCCUCAGCAAGUAGGAAAAUUAGCGUAAACAGAAAAUUGGCAACAGGCAUCGACGUGAAGUCUCUAUCUGUAAUGGCUGGAGGGAAUAUAUCCUCACCGCAAAACCAACAAUCAUUUAAAAGGGUAGGAAGACGUAAAGCAAUUAAAACCUUUUCAGCUAUUGAACAUUUACAACAAAACAGACCUCAAAAAGAAGAACAAACAGAUUUGGAUCCAUUCGAAAUACAAGUCAUGGCGACACCUAAGGUGAAACGGGACGAAAAGCGUCCUAAUAAGAGAGCGGCUUUACAUAGAAUUGUAGAAUCCCCUAUCAAUAAUAGUAUGUUAAUAAAGACUCCUGCUGACAAACCCAAACUGUCACCAUUGAAUACUAACUUGUCUAUGCAAGCCCCACAAAUACAGGGCUCGACCGUAGAAAGUCCUCCUAAAAAGAAGACCAGGAGACGGUUAUUUGCACCAUGA